AUGCGUCUCGAUAUUGAAUCGACGGAAAAGACGGAGGAGGGCAUAGGGAGUAGGAAUACGAAUAGGAAUGGAAAUGGGAAUGGGAAUGCUUCCGUGGGCUCAGAGAAGGCUGCAUCGACAUUGGUCCAGCAUGAGCCAGAGCCGGAACCAGCUGUGGAUGUGCCUCCAAAUGGUGGGUAUGGUUGGGUCGUUGUCCUCAGUAUUUGCCUCAUUAAUGCGCAUACGUGGGGGAUCAACAGUUCCUAUGGAGUCUUCCUAGCCCACUACCUCUCCCACAACACCUUCCCCGGCGCAACACCCCUCGCCUACGCCUUCGUCGGCGGUCUCUCCAUCUCCCUCGCCCUUAUCGUCGCCCCUGUGGCCACAGUCUUCGUGGGUCGUUUCGGCACCCAUCCAACCCUCGCCAUUGGAAUCGUGCUGCAGACCGGAGGACUGCUGGGAGCAUCAUGGGCCUCUCGCAUCUGGCACCUCUUCCUCACCCAAGGCGUAGCUUUCGGCUUCGGUAUGGGCUUCCUAUUCGUCGCCAGCGUAGGCCUGAUCUCGCAGUGGUUCACCACGCGCCGCUCUUUCGCGAACAGCCUCGCGGUCGCUGGGGGGGGAAUUGGAGGACUGGUCUACUCGCUCGCUACCAAUGCUAUGAUCCAGUCCGUUGGGCUCGGCUGGGCAUUCAGAGUGCUCGCCAUUGUAUCCUGUGCCGUGAACAUCGUUUGCACGGUGCUCAUCCGGGACCGCAACAAAGCCGUCGGAUCGGUGCAGAUGGCGUUUGACCGGCAGCUCUUUAAACGCCUCGAUUUUCUGCUGCUGCUGGGCUGGGGUUUCUUCUCCAUGCUGGGGUACAUCGUGCUCUUGUUCUCGCUCCCCAGUUACGCGCGGAGCAUUGGGUUGUCUGCUAGCCAGGGCUCCGUCGUCGGGGCACUGCUCAAUCUGGGUCAAGGCAUCGGCCGCCCCCUCGUAGGCUACUUCUCCGACUCCUUCGGCCGCAUCAACAUGGCCGCCACCGGCACCUUCCUCACCGCGCUCUUCUGCUUCGUCAUCUGGAUCUUCGCCACGAGCUACGGCGUGCUGAUCUUCUUCGCCAUGAUCGUCGGCACCGUCGCCGGCACCUUCUGGGCGACGGUCGGGCCCGUCGGGGCGGAAGUCGUCGGCAUCAAGAUCCUGCCGACGGCACUAUCCAUCAUGUGGCUGGCACUGGUGCUCCCCUGCACGUUCUCCAUGCCGAUCGGGCUAGAGCUGCGCCGGGAGAGCGGGGACAUCUUCCUGGAUGCGCAGAUAUAUGCCGGGUGCAUGUAUCUCGGGGCUGUGGCGUGCAUGUUGGGGUUGAGGGCCUGGAAGAUUGGCGAGCUGGAGAGAGAGACGGAGAAGAUGGGUGAGAGGGUAGGAGAAAGGGAAGGCGAGAUGAAGGAUGAUGACCAGGUUGUGCGAUCGGAUUUGGCGAGACAGCCGCGUAGGGGGAGUUUGAAGAGUGCGAUUAAGGCUGCGAACAGACUCUGGUCGUGGCAAAAGGUAUGA